CUCCAAAUGCCAUCCUACAUUUAUAUCCAACUACCAACAAACCAAAACCUCUGAAGUAACUCAAUAUACGACAAAAUGGCCAUCGUAACAACACUCCUCGCACCAGUCCACCUCCUCUCCUUCUCAACUCUUCUCGGCUCUCAACUCUACCAAACCUUCAUCAUCACAAAAGUCACUUUCAAACACCUCCCACGAACUCCAUAUAUCAAUUUACAAAAGAACCUCUUCCCCAUAUUCUUCCAAGGCCAAGCUCUUCUCCUCUUCCUCACGGCCAUAACACUACCUCCGUACGGUGCUCUCUCACUUAUUGAGCACAAGAGCGAUUGGAUACCAUUUGCGAUAUCUGGAUUUGUCUCGGGGCUUAACCUUAUGGUGUUUGGACCGAGGACGAGACAGUUGAUGUUGGAUCGUGUUGAGCAGGGGACACUGGAAGGGAAGACGGUGGAGGGGCCGAGUUCUGCGAUGGAGGCUAUCAAGAAGAGAUUUAGGACUUCGCAUGCUAUGUGUAUUCACUUGAACUUGAUUGGUCUUGGGGCUCAUCUUUGGUAUACAUGGAGACUGGCAUCCCGCCUCGACUUUUCACUAUAA